AUGGAAAAUUACAAUGAACCGCCAUCACGAGAGCGAGUUGUCCCAGGUUCCUGCAACAUCGAACUCGGUCAAUUCCCCAAGACCAUGUCCGAGUCGGAUCUUCCCUUAGACCCAGACGCUAUUGCAGACAACAUAGUCAGCCAGCUAAACUUGGGUCUCUCAGCUAGAGACAAGGUAACAGUUGCAUCACUGUUCCUCGAGAAUUGCUACUGGCGCGACCACUUGUGCUAUUCGUGGGAUUUCCGCACCCUCGAGGGAAACCAAGCUAUCGCUGCCUUUGUCACGGAGGCGCCACCGAGCAAAAUCGAAAUCGACCGAUCGUCUGACGCCAAAUCCCCACACAAGGCCCCCAUUGAUGCCUUUGGUGAUGUUUUCGGAAUCGAAUUUUCCUUCAAGGUCACCACCGAGUAUGGACAGGGAAAUGGUAUUAUGCGAUUGGCGCAACAGGAUGGCAACUGGUACAUUUUCACCGUCUUCACUUCCAUGAUUAGGUUAAAGGGCCACGAAGAGAACACAGAGAGGCCGCUUGGAGUCCGACAUGGCGAGCAGCAAGGUCGAAAGAACUGGAAAGAUCGACGUAGUGAUGAGAUCAAUUUUGAGGGAAAGGAGCCGGCAGUAUUGAUAGUUGGUGCUGGCCAGGGUGGCUUGACUGCCGCAGCACGUCUCAAGAUGCUUGAGGUCGACGCCCUCGUUAUCGACCGAGAAGAGAGAGUCGGAGACAACUGGCGUCAGCGAUACCACCAGCUCGUUCUCCACGACCCGGUGUGGUACGAUCACAUGCCAUACCUACCUUUCCCGCCUGACUGGCCCAUCUAUACACCAAAAGAUAAGCUGGCGGAUUUCUUCGAAACCUACGUCAAGUUCCGAGAACUCAAUGUUUGGACCCAAACCGAGCUCAAGUCGUCAUCUUGGGAUGAGAACAAGAAGCAAUGGACGGUUGUUCUCGAGCGCAAGACAGACAACGGAACCGAGACGCGCACCUUGCACCCACGCCACAUCAUUCAAGCUACUGGCCACUCUGGCAAGAAAAACCUGCCCAAUUUCAAAGGCAUGGAGGAUUUCAAGGGAGAUCGCAUGUGCCACAGCUCGGAGCAUCCCGGCGCAAAUUCCGAGUCAAAGGGGAAAAAGGCCGUUGUCGUUGGAUCCUGUAACUCGGCAAAUGAUAUUGCCCAGGACUUUGUCGAGAAAGGGUAUGAUGUGACCAUGGUGCAGCGAAGCUCCACCUGUGUGAUAUCGUCUGACUCUACCCUGCAAAUUGCCUUCAAAGGGCUCUAUGAUGCGACCGGUCCCCCAACCGAAGACGCCGAUCUUUAUCUGUGGAGCAUUCCAUCACGUCUAUUCAAAGCGCAACAAGUCAAAAUCACUAAACUUAUAAAUCAAAACGACGCAAAGACCAUUGAAGGCCUGGAAAAGGCAGGCUUCAUGGUCGACAAGGGACCAUCGGACAGCGGUCUCUUGAUGAAGUACUACCAGCGCGGAGGGGGAUACUACAUUGACGUCGGCGGUAGCCAGCUCAUCAUCGAUGGGAAGGUCAAGGUGAAGCAUGGCCAGGAAAUUAGCCAAAUCCUUCCCCACGGACUCCGAUUUGCGGAUGGUUCGGAGCUUGAAGCCGAUGAAAUCGUGUUCGCCACUGGGUAUCAGAAUAUGAGAACCGAGACUCGUGUGAUCUUUGGCGAUAAGGUCGCUGACAGAGUUGGCGAUAUCUGGGGACUCGAUAAGGAAGGUGAGAUGCGGACUAUUUGGCGGCGGAGUGGUCACCCCGGAUUCUGGUUCAUGGGCGGAAACCUCGCUCUUAGCCGAUACUACUCGCGCCUACUGGCAUUGCAGAUCAAAGCGCUCGAAGAGGGGUUGACUACUUGGUAG